AUGGCGCAUCAGCGCGGUGCUGCAGCUGUUGAUGCGGUGAAAGAACCUCAUUCUGUUUCCUUGAAAGUCCUCAGACUCUCGCGCCCCUCUCUCUCAAUACAACAUCCUCUCCCUCUACCAACACCUAUCCCAUCUCCCUCCGAUUCACCAACCGUCUUCCCCUCCCCGUCCGCCUCCCUCGCAUACCCCGGGGCUCAAAAUGAUGCUUUCAUCCUCUCCCCCCUCCUCACACUCCCUCCGGCCUUUGGGUCCGCCUACGUAGGCGAGACAUUCUCCUGCACGCUCUGUGCGAAUAAUGAAAUGCUACCUGGUGCAAACAUGCCUAAAAAUAUAAGCAAUGUGCGCAUUGAAGCCGAGAUGAAGAUCCCCAGCUCAGCGGUACCGGUUCCGCUCGGGCUAAGUCCCAACACACCAGAAUCCAAAACCGAUACGGAAGAGGACCAGAAACAUCAUGAUGGGGUGGAUUUAGAACCAGGACGCAGUCUGCAGAAAGUCGUGAACUUCGAUCUUAAAGAGGAGGGGAGUCAUGUCCUUGCUGUGACUGUGACAUACACUGAAACAACGCCUACCUCGGGGAAGGUCCGCACGUUUAGGAAGUUAUACCAGUUCGUGUGUAAGGGGUGUAUGGUAGUUCGAACCAAAACUGGCGUCCUCCCGUCUUCCCCUAACGAUGGCUCCAAGAAUACGAGUAGGAAAUGGGCUUUAGAAGCCCAGUUGGAGAAUUGUGGCGAGGAGACUAUCACGCUUGAUACUGUAGCCCUAGAGACGAGAGAGGGGAUUAGGAGUCAGGGAGUUAAUUGGGAGAUUGUUGCCGAGGGUGAGGAGAUGGAACGUCCGGUUCUUAUGCCCGGUGAUGUACAGCAGGUUUGUUUUUUGGUUGAGGAAUUGCUGGGUCCGGAUGGGCAAGGGGCUGAGCCUGUUGAUGGGAAGGUGGUUUUUGGGAUACUUAGUAUUGGAUGGAGGGGAACCAUGGGGAAUAGGGGUUUCUUGAGCACGGGGAGCUUAGGAGCGAGAGUGAAAUAA